UCCCCCCCGCCGAGGCGAGGUCUAGAAGGGGCAGCAGCCACCACCCAGCCCAGGCCAACCAGCGGAGCAGCACCGGUGCAGCGGGCAGAGCCUGGGAGGAGAUGGGCCUGGCCAUGGAGCACGGGGGGCCCUAUUCACGGGCCGGGGGCAGUCCGAGAGGCUGCUGGUACUACAUGCGCUACUUUUUCCUCUUCCUCUCGCUCAUCCAAUUCCUCAUCAUCCUGGGCCUUGUCCUCUUCAUGGUCUACGGCAACGUGCACGUGAGUACCGAGUCCAAUCUGCAGGCCACGGAGCGCCGGGCUGACGGUCUCUACGGCCAGGUGGUGGGGCUCACAGCCUCCCAGGCCAACCUGUCCAAGGAGCUCAACCUCACCGCACGCGCCAGAGAUGCCAUCAUGCAGAUGCUGCUGAGCGCCCGCCGAGAACAGGACCGAAUCAACUCCAGCUUCCGCCAGUGUCAGGCCGACCGGGCAAUACACUUGAACAACCAGGUGUACAUGGCUGCGAUUAUCUUGAGCGAGAAACAAUGCCAAGAGCAACUCAAGGAGACAAACAAAAGCUGCAAUGAUUUGAACCUUAUGCUGAACCAGAAAGUCAAGACACUGGAGGUAGAGUUGUCGAAGGAGAAGUUGGUAUGUAUGAAAGACAAGGAGAGCCUGGUGCUGAGCAAGCGAGUCGUGGAGGAGCAGCUGGUGGAGUGUAGCAAAGCCCGCGAGCAGCAGCGGCAGGAGCGACAGCUGGCCGAGGAGCGGCUGCAGAAGGUGCAGACCCUCUGCCUCCUGCUGGACAAGGACAAGAUUGAGACGGAGCUGCGAAGCCUGUGGAGGGACUCCAUCAUCUCGAGAUCCCUCGACAGCCUGGGCUACAAUAUGUACCAUCCCCUCGGCUCGGAACUGGCCUCCAUCCGGAGAACCUGUGACCACAUGCCUACUCUCAUGAGCGCCAAGGUGGAGGAGCUGGCCCGGAGCCUGCGGGCUGGCAUCGAGCGCGUGACCCGAGAGAAUUCGGAUCUCCAGCGCCAGAAGCUGGAGGUCCAGCAGGGCCUGCACGCCACUCAGGAGGCCAAGGAGAAGGUGGAGAAGGAGGCCCAGGCCCGGGAAGCCAAGCUGCAGGCUGAAUCUACCCGGCAGACGCAGCUGGCCCUGGAGGAGAAGGCAGCUCUGCGGAAGGAGAAGGACAACCUGGCCAAGGAGCUGGAGGAGAAGAAGCGGGAGAUUGAGCACCUCAAGAUGGAGCUGGCCAUCAGCAAAUCGGCACUGGACACCUGCAUCAAGGCCAAGUCUCAGCUGAUACCUGGGCCAAGACCUGUGGGCCCUGUCCCCAACCCCGCUCCGAUCGACUCAGCUACCCUGGAGGAAUUCAAGAGGAGGAUCCUGGAGUCCCAGCGACCCCCUGCCAGCAAUGCCAUAGCCUCAGCCAGUGGCUGAGGCGGCUCCAGGCCCCAAGGACAGAGGGGUGGCCCUGACUCACCUGUCUGGAGACAAGGUGCAGCGAGACGCCCACGUCGCGGGAUGCAGCCAGGGCCGAGUCAGAUGACCUCCCGCGCACAUACACUAAAGUGGGAACCCUUGGCCUGUGCCCCCACCCACCACCCUCUCCGCCUCCCCCACACCCCCGCAUACUCUCUCACAGGCUGCGCCUGCGCCACAUAGUCCCUCACCCAUAGACGCCAUGACGAUGUCACAGAUGCAGUGACAUCACAUAGACAUGGUGGUAACGCCACACAUUGUCUAGAUGAUGACAUCGCAGGAAUAUGUGGCGACAUCACACACACCCUUUCUGCCCAACACCCCAAGAGAAAUCACGCCCCUCCACGCACGUGGGCCAAAGUACCCGAAGCGUUCCUCGUGUCUGGAGCAUCCCCACGCUCCAGGCCAGGAGAAGUGAGAACAGGAAGACUUUUGCCUUCAUCUGCCCCAGAGAGUUUCCAGGCUCCCCUUCGAGAUGGGGACAUCUGGUCCAAGGGUGAGUGUAGCCCCCUGGCCUCCUUAGAGCCCACGAAGGCAGCUGCCCCUUCACACCCUCCCUCCAUACUCAGCCCUGCCUCUACCGCCCUUAUAAAUGUUAGUGGCACAAAAUAAAUGUUAUCGAAUCCCUUCAAA